AGAAGGUGACACGGCCCAGCGCGCAGAGCGGAGGGUUGGCAGCAGCUCCAGGGCUGGGCAGGCGGUUGGGCGCGGGGCCUCCGGCGGCGGCGGCGGCGGGGCCUGCGUCCGCGCUUCCUUCCGCGCUGUGCCUCAGCUUCCUGACCUGCAGUGUGGGGGCCGCAGCGCUAGGCCUUGGGGGGUGCACUGCCGCUCAGGGGGGCCCACGGGGGCACCUGCCAAGUGUGCGAGGGAGCCGAGGCCUCUGGGGGAGGGCUGCUGUCCCCUCCAGCUCUUUCCCACCCUGAGGGCAAGGUGCACCUUGACCCAAGGUUGGGUGCCAGGCCGCAGGAGGGUCUGUCUGAGCAGGGCUCCGCGGUCAGAUCAGGCUGUGGGAAGCUGCUGCUUUGAGGGUGCUCUUGUGCUGGGCAGGGGGGAUGGAGGGCACCCCUCCAGGAUGAGGCCCAGCUCCCGUGUGGGUGAGGACAGUGCCAGGGACUGAGGGAGACCCCUGUCCGGUUCUAGGGCAAUACCAGCCCCUCCUCACUGGGCCCUGAGUCCCAGGUCAAUCUGGGGGUGGGGGGGGUCAGUGAUGACAACAGGAGAUACCAGCUGCCCCUCACCUGGCUCCGAGCCCCUGCCAUGGCCUCCCCUGUGGGCUUCCUUAUCUGGAACAGGCCCUGCCCUCCCCCCGCAGCCCACCCAGCCUGAAGCUGGGGUCCAUGAGAUGCCGCAGCUGCCUGCAGCCACUAGCCCAUCUGGGAGACAUGCUUGGGAGACGGACAGAGGCCAGAAGAGCCCUGCUGGAGGCCCCGUUAUGGGCUGGGAAUUUCUGAACCUGCCCCCUGCACCCCCCCCAGCUGUGGUGCCGUGGACGCUGCCUGGGGCCCCGCCGAGGGGACAGUUUGCUCCCAAAUGCACAUCCGUGAGCGCCGUCUCUGCCCAGGAGGACAGAGCUGGAACCAGCCUCUGACCCACCCAGGUGCCCUGUCCAACCGACCACAAGGACAGAGAGGAGUCCUGCCAGCCCUUGGUGAACCAGUCUGCUCCGCCAAGGAGCCCUGUGGAGCUGGGGGUGGCACCAGAGCUCAGCCGGCCGUGAGGACGCCCCAGCCAGAGCCAUGGCAGGUGUCUGCGAUAGGGCCCCUGACUUCCUCUCCCCCUCUGAAGACCAGGUCCUGGGGCCUGCCCUGGGCAGUGCUGUUGCUCUGAACUGCACGGCUCGGGUGGUCUCUGGGUCCGCCUGCCCCCUGCCUUCAGUCCAGUGGCUGAAAGACGGCCUUCCCCUGGGCAAUGGAAGCCACUACAGCCUCCACGCGUACUCCUGGGUCAAGCCUAACUCGUCAGAGACACUCGUAUCCAGUGUUCUGGGGGUCAACUUGACCAGUGCUGAAGACUACGGGGCCUUCACCUGUUCCAUCCAGAACGCCAGCUCCUCCUCCUUCACUCUGCGCAGAGCUGGCCCAGCAGGCCACCUGGCAGCGGUGCUGGCCUCCCUCCUAGUCCUGCUGGCGCUGCUGCUGGCCGCGCUGCUCUACGUCAAGUGCCGCCUGAACGUGCUGCUCUGGUAUCAAGACACGCACGGAGAGGUGGAGAUGAACGACGGAAAGCUCUACGACGCCUACGUCUCCUACAGCGACUGCCCUGAGGACCGCAAGUUCGUGAACUUCAUCUUGAAGCCGCAGCUGGAGCGACGUCGGGGCUACAAGCUCUUCCUGGACGACCGCGACCUGCUGCCCCGCGCAGAGCCCUCCGCCGACCUCCUGGUGAACCUGAGCCGCUGCCGCCGCCUCAUCGUGGUGCUUUCGGACGCCUUCCUGGGCCGGGCCUGGUGCAGCCACAGCUUCCGGGAGGGACUAUGCCGGCUGCUGGAGCUGACGCGCAGACCCAUCUUCAUCACCUUCGAGGGCCAGAGGCGCGACCCCGCGCACCCCGCGCUCCGCCUGCUGCGCCAGCACCGCCACCUGGUGACCUUGCUGCUCUGGAGGCCCGGCUCCGUGACGCCUUCCUCCGACUUCUGGAAAGAGCUGCAGCUGGCCCUGCCGCGGAAGGUGCAGUACAGGCGGGUAGAGGGAGACCCCCAGACCCAGCUGCAGGACGACAAGGAUCCCAUGCUAAUUGUUCGAGGCCGUGUCGCGGAGGGCCGGGCCUUGGACCCGGAGCUGGAUCCCGACCCUGAGGGAGACCUGGGUGUCCGAGGUCCUGUCUUUGGGGAGCCAUCAGCUCCACCGCAUGCAAGUGGGGUGUCGCUGGGAGAGGGCCAGGGCAGUGAAGUGGACGUCUCGGACCUCGGCUCCCGAAACUACAGUGCCCGCACGGACUUCUACUGCCUGGUGUCUGAGGAUGAUGUGUAGCCCCCACCCCCUCCCGCGUGCAGGACCACCAGGGACAUCCGGGGGCAGAGGCAGGUGGGUCGUUUCUGCAAUAAGCAGAAUCAGGACCCCAUCCUGUAGCCUGGACCCUCACGGAAGGGCUCUGACCCGAGCUUCCUCCUAAUGCCAGAAAAUAAAGUUGUUUUGGAUUCUG